AUGUCUGAUCCAAAUCGAUCAGUAUCACGUUGGUCUACAUCAAUGUCAGUUACAACAAAAUCAACAAAUAAUAUUAAUCAAACAACACCAUUAGUAAUUUUACGAAGAAAAUUAUUUCGACAAUCAACAAAUCAGAAAAAACUUUUUUCACAACGUAUGGCAAAAUCAAAACAUAAUAUUGAAGAAUUAUUUAAAUUAUAUUAUUCAAAUGAUGUUAAAUUUGAUACAUUUCAACGACAAAUUGUUACUGGAACACGUAUUCCAACAACACAAAUAUCUCCAUUAUUACAAGAUAAUCUAGCAACUAAUUCAACAAAUGUUUUCGAUGCUAAACAUUGUGUUAGUCGUGAACAAUGGAACUCACUAGAUUUAGAUAGUAAUGAAGAACAAAAAGAACAACAACAACAACCAACUAAUAAUGAAAUAACUACAGCAAAAUCAUCAUCAACAAAACGAUCAGUACAAAUUCGAACUAGUAAUAAUACGAUUAUUAAUCAUCCAGUACCUUUAUCAAAUCCUAGUCCUUCUCCACCAAAAGUAAUAACAAUACUUCCAAAUCCACCUCAAACAUCUUCAUCAACUCAACAAGAAGAAUUAUGUGAUUCAUCAUUUAUUAAAAGUGUUACUUUUCUUGGAGAUAUUUCUAAUGAAGCUCAUGAAAGUAUACAUAAAAAAAGAAGUCAAUCAAAAAUAACUCAACGUUCAAAAUCAUCAAAAUCAUCAUUAUUAACAAUACCAUCACAACCAUCACUUGUAGUAACGAAUGCAAAUAAUCGAAAAGAUCCAACGGUUCUAUCAAAUACAUCAUUUUCAACAGUAUCUUCAUCACAACAAAAAUCAAAUCGAUCAGCUACUGUGACUAGUUCAGCAGUUAUAGUUCGACAACGAUCACCAACAAAACUAUCACGUACUAGACAACGAACAAAUUUAGAUACAACAAUGACAACAGUUUCAUCAUUAUCACAAUCAACUACAAAACCUCGUUCUCCAUCAAUAUGUAGUCCUUUAUCAAUUGAAUCAUCUGAUAUACCUGAAUUACCUGUUUUUGUUGGUGGACAACGUGUUGUAUCGAUUCCAUCGAAAUGCAGUCGUUAUGUUCUUGUUACAUUUCCUGAAACUCCACUUCGUUAUAAUGCACCAUCUUAUGUUGAACGACUCUUAUUACCUGAACGUUUUCCAACAUUAUUUCAAAAUAUAGUUCAAAGUUAUGAUCCUCAUUUAACUAAUGAACAACCUUCUCGAAAUACAAAAUAA